UGGCAACGGCGUCUGAAACACACAAACACACACACCUACAUACACUCACACACAGAGUCUUCUGGUGUGUGUGCACGGUAUUGCGUACCUCUUUUACUUUCAAAAUAGAAGAAUGACUUUGUUGAGACAGGAGGUACAGUUGGAGUAGGCGACGGACUCCUUCAAAGACGUCGUUGGCUGCCUGUGAAAAAAAAAAAAAACUAGACAAAAAAAAAAAUCCUGCCAGGAAUGUGAUGAUAGGAUAGCUGGGACAGACCGUGGCUCAUAUUUUCAACUCUCCUGAGGGAAUCUAAAUAGCUAUGAACACCUCAGCGAGAAAAAGGCCUUUUUGAAGUGCUUUCCAAACUCUGUCUGCAAUAAUUGCCGAUUAUUCUGCACUGAGAAUAGUGCGGAAUAGCUGUGCUUAUCUUCAGGAAGGUCGCAGGAGUGCUGGAGCCAAUCCCAGCAGUCAUCGGGCAGAAAGCAGGGCACAGGGACGACAUGUAAACUCCACACAGGACUUGAACCCCGGUCCUCAGAACUUUGAGGCCAACGCUCUCCAGCUGUUCCACUGUGCCGCCUAUAACCUUCGAAUUUUGUGGAAAAAGCUCAAUUUAGUCAGGUCGUUAGCCGAAUUUGCAGGGAGUCAUCCCUGCGUAGAGAUUCUUUUUUUCGUAAAUCUCAAAAAAAUGCCUUUGUCUCGUUUUGAAAACAAACUCUUCAUAUGCCAUGGUUAUUCAUUCAUGUGUUCAAUUUUUGUGUUUGCAAUUCUUUAAUUGAAGUCACAGGUCCAACUUUAGGAUCAACUAAAUUUGGUGCUUACAAGCUAAAAAAAAAAGAAAAAGAAGAAGAGGAAAGAAGGCUAAAAAGACAAACUACUGACAGAAAGCAGCCAUUUUGCAUAAAAUGCUAUUUAUAGAUCCGAUAUUUAACACCGCCACCUUGUUCAUUUGCAGCCGUGGGUGAUGAGGCUGGCAGGGAGUCUCCAGCUUGUCUUGCUGCUGGCCCUGAGCACCGAGGCCACAAGUCUCAAUAUCCCUCCAGACGUGGAGCAGCUGCCUACUAUUAUAUUUCACACAACGGGGCCCAUUAUUGCCCUUCCGUACGACAACAGUGUGACUAUCAGAUGUGAAGCAAGGGGAAACCCACCGCCUGAAUACAGAUGGAUGAAAGAUGAUCUCGACUUUAUCCCUCCCCAGCCUUCAACAAUCAGAAGUGACCAAUUUACCACAAAUGGUACUUUCGUGCUUCAGAACAAAAGCCUUGCUCGAUUUCAAGGUAAAUAUCGAUGCUAUGCUUCCAACAAGCUGGGAACCGCCAUGACGGAGACCAUUGAGCUAAUAGUACCUAGUAUGCCAAAAUUUCCGAAGGAAACAAUAGAAACAAUUGUUGUUGAGGAGGGAAAACCUUUCGUCCUGCAUUGUAACCCACCAGAGGGCGUUCCACCAAGAAAGAUCCACUGGAUGUCCAUUGGUCUGCAGCACAUUGAUCAGGAUACGAGGGUUUCCAUGGGCACUGAUGGCAGCCUGUACUUCUCUCAUGCCUUACAGAAAGACAGUCGUCUGGACUAUUGCUGCUUUGCUGACUUUCUCCGUAUACGCACAAUCGUACAGAAGCCCGCUAUGGCAGUUGAGGUCAAGCCGUGGACACCAGAGUAUGAAUCUGCUGAGAGCAGUGACGCCAGCCACCCUGUGAGAACACCCAGCCUUCUGCUUCCCUCUGGUGUUCAGACUGAGAAAGUGCUCUUGAAAGGAGCAGAGCUUCAGCUUGAAUGCAUACCAGGAGGAUAUCCCACUCCAGAGAUAGAAUGGAUGAAGAUGGGAGAGAAACUUACCGCUCGAGCAAAAUUUGACAACUUUGGAAAACUGUUGACGAUAGCUGCAAUAGAGGAAUGUGAUGAGGGCAAAUACAUGUGCCUAGCCAAAAACUCAGCUGGACAGGCUGUCCAUUACUUUGAUGUAAUAGUAGAAGAGCCUCCAAAGUGGCUGACAGUGCCGCCUCACAGCCAGCUAACUGUGAUCGGCUCUGAUGUGCACAUCAAGUGUUCGGUCAGCGGGAAACCACAACCAGACAUAACGUGGAGAAAAAAUGGACAAAUCUUUGAAGAUGACCCCGUGAACAACAAACGAGUACUUGAUGACUCAUUGGUGCUCCACAAUGCCGUGCCAGAUGACAGCGGUGUCUACCAGUGUGAAGCAGUCAACAGACAUGGUGUUGUUCUAAGCAACAUUAACAUCAUGGUCAUGAACAUGGCUCCCCUGAUCCUAACCGAGGACUACCGGGAGUAUGCAGUGAUACGUGGCGAGAACGUGACCAUGAACUGCAGCGCUUUUGGCUCGCCACCUCCUACCAUCUCUUGGGCCAAAGAUGAGACUCCAGAAACCAUUGAGGGAGAAAGAUUUGUUGCCCUUCAAAAUGGGUCGUUACAAAUCUCCAGUCUGGAGAACAAAGACAGCAGCGAAUACCUCUGUGUGGCUGAUAACAGCGAGGGCAAGUCCUCUAUCACGGCUGUGCUGGCAGUGAAAGACCCCACACAUAUUGUAAAUGGACCUCAGGACAAGCAGGUCAUCAGCGGGACCACAGCCCAGUUGACAUGUCAGGCUGAAUAUGAUAAAAGUCUAGAGGACUCCUUUGAGGUGCUUUGGAUAAAGGACGGGGAGAAAAUGACACUUUCCACAGAGGAGGAGUCCAGGUACUUCGUGGGUGAUGGCAUGUUGCAGAUCAUGAACGUGAACCUGAGUGAUCAAGGUGUUUAUGCAUGCGUAGCCAGAACGCGUCUGGAUCAGGAUAAUGUUACCGCCCUUCUCACGGUGCUUGAUGUUCCCGAUGCCCCACAAAAUGUAGAGAUAAAUGAACUCACGAAUCAGAGAAAUAUCCGUCUGGCUUGGGUACCUGGCAGUGACCACAACAGCUCCGUAAUAGAAUUCAUUGUGGAGUGUGAGGAGAGCCAAUGGGAGCCAGGCAAGUGGAAGGAGCUCCGCAAAGUCCCUGGUAACCAGGCAACAGCUGAGCUGGUGCUCCACGGACAUCUUAACUACCAGUUCAGAGUGUACGCUGUGAAUGCUGUUGGACCUGGGCCCCCCAGUGAGCCCCCUGUGCGCUACAAAACCCCCCCAGCUGCGCCCGAUAGGAACCCAGAAGACAUUAAAAUCCAAGGCCAUCUACCAAAUCAGAUGGACAUUAGCUGGGAGCCACUGUUGUCUGUUGAACACAACGGCCCAGGCCUGGAGUACAAGGUGAGCUACAGGAAACUUGCAGUGGAAGACACGUGGACAGAACAGUUGGUGAAACGAAACUUCUUCACUGUGAGAAACACAUCAACGUUCAUCCCAUACGAGAUCAAAAUUCAGAGCAGGAAUAGUCACGGAUGGGGACCAGAGCCACGAAUUGCUACCGGUUAUUCUGGAGAAGAUGUUCCAACUGCAGCGCCGCGGGAUGUGGCAGUGGAAGUUAUUAACACAACUGUUCUGAGAGUGAGCUGGACACCGGUUCCGCCUGCCACACUGAGAGGUCACCUAAGGGGGUACCACGUUCACUUGCUGAGGAAGCGAAGUUUCCUGAAUCCUGACAAGAUUUUGGAUGAGCGCCACACACUGUCAUUCCCCGGGAAGAGGACGCAUGCCAUUGUGCCCAGCCUUCAAGCUUUCUCCGAGUAUUCACUCACUGUCAAUGUCUUCAACAAGAAGGGAAAUGGGCCUAGCAGUGAUCCAGUCACCUUCAAUUCACCAGAAGGAGUUCCAGAACAGGUACCCAUUCUGACCACGUCCAAUGCCUUGAAAGAUUCCAUCCAGCUUGUAUGGGCUCCACCCCUGGUGGCAAAUGGCAUUUUGACUGGCUACCUCCUACAGUACCACCACAUUAAUGAGACCACAAAGGAGGUGCUUGAUUCCCGGGAAAUGAACAUCACAGUGCCCGACACCACCCACUGGCAGCUGGGGGGUUUAGAAGAGGGCAGCCUCUACCUCUUUCACCUCAGUGCCUGCACCCGAGCAGGGUGUGGACCUCCACUGGCACAAGAGAGCAGCACUGUCACUCCAGCCCGCCACAACUGCUCGCUUUCCUUUCCACACUCAAUUCCAGGCAGAGCUACUCAUCGUCCCUCUUUAGUUCCAGUCCUGCUCAACAUAAGCUCCUACGUGAGCGACACCUAUGCCAAAAUCAGCUGGACUGCCAGGGAGGAGAAGCAGGACUCACAGCUUUACGUGGCUUAUAUGAACAACCGUGAUGGUAACUGGCGCAUAUCUGAAGCGGUAAACACGUCACAAAGCUUCCACAUUAUUGGUGGGCUCAAACCGGGGAUGGUGUACACGGUGCGCCUCAUGGCCAAGACUUUGCUCGAUAACGCUAGCAUUUUCGAAGAUGUUAUCCAGACGCAAAGCACAGCCGUGGCAGUUCAACAGAGAAACAUAUCCACAAAGGGCUGGUUCAUCGGCACCAUGUGCGCUGUGGCUCUCCUCACGCUCGUCGUCCUCGCUUUGUGCUUUAUGUGGAGAAAGCAAGGUGGCAAGUAUGCAGGUACGCCACCGCCUGGGAGACAAGACAUGCUCGCCAUGGACAAAGUGAAAGAGAAGGAAGACCUCCACCCUAACGAGGAGUCGCAAGCAAUAAACGAUGACACCUUCUGUGAAUACAGUGACAGUGAUGAAAAGCCGCUGAGGGGCAGCUUGUGUUUCCUGAACGGCGACGAUGUGGUCGGGGACAGCGUCAGCAGAGACUGCCUGGUCGACUACGCUGACGGCGGAGGAGAAUUCAGUGAGGACGGGUCCUUUAUCGGGGAAUAUUCAGGACACAAACAAUCAAACUCUGUCACCGAGCCCAAUGGAUUUGGCCCUGUCACUGCAUGAAGCCAAGCUUCCUUUCAAAUUCUGACAAGAACUGCUGUACAGUAUACUGUAGUAGGGUUUUACGACAUUACGUAUAGCACAAAUAGCCAAAAUCUGAAGCAAUGUCUUUUAUAACAAUUUUGACUGACUGUUAAGAUAAAUGUUUUUAUACUUUAUGGACUGAACUGAUUGAUCACAUCGAGGAUUUGAUGAUAAAACGUUUUUACUUGUCAGUAAACCCUUUUUGGUACAUUAUGUUUACUCGCUGAUCAGAACAACUACACAUUCACAUUCAAUCGAUGUCCAUUUUUUGGGUUAAAUACAAUCUUUGUCUUCUGGAUAGAAAUUAAAAACAUUGUAAGAAGUUAAAUUAAGUAGUUCAUCAAUUCAUUUAGCAACACAUGUUGUUGUUUGUUCUUGGUUGAUAGCCAGCUGAAGCUUGCAGCAUCUAAUGUGAGGGCCAGGCGACGGAAUCAGUUGCCAGGCAAUCAGAGGGCACACGGAGACACGUAACUGGUCACACUUUAACCUGUGGACACGUUUAGUCGUCAAUUGACCUAACGUAUGUUUUUGGGAUCUGAGAGAAAGCUAAAAUGCCCAGAGAAAGGGAAAAUUAGUAAACGUGAAAGAGUUACAGUGAAGAAAAUAAGUAUUUGAACACCCUGCUAUAUUGCAAGUUCUCCCAUUUACAAAUCAUGGAGGGGUCUGAAAUUUCAUCGUAGGUGCAUGUCCACUGUGAGAGAGAUAAUUUCAAAAGAAAAAUCCAGAAAUCACAGUAUAUGAUAUUUUUUAACGAUUUAUUUGUAUGAUACAGCUGCAAAUAUGUAUCAGCUAGAAUUCUGACCCUCAAAGACCUGUUACUCUGCCUUUAAAAGUCCACCGCCACUCCAUGUAUUAUCCUGAAUAAGAUGCACCUGUGUGAGGUCGUUAGCUGCAUAAAGACAAGUAGUACACCCCAUACAAUCAGUAAGACUCAAGCUUGUAACAUAGCCAAGACCAAAGAAAAAUUGUAAAAGUCCACACAUCUGGAAAGGGCUACGGAGAAAUUGCCAAGCAGCUUGGUGAAAAAAGGUCCACUGUUGGAGCAAUCAUUACAAAAUGGAAGAAGCUAAACAUGACGGUCAAUCUCAAUCAGAGUGAAGCCCCGUGCAAGACAUCACCUAGUGGGGUCUCAGGGAUCCUUAGAAAGGUGAGGAAUCAGCCCAGGACUACACGACAGGACUUGGUCGAUGACCUUAAAAGAGCUGGGACCACCGUUUCCAAGGUGACUGUUGGUAAUACACUAAGAUGUCAUGGUUUUACAUCUUGCAUGGCACGGAAGAUUCCCCUGCUUAAACCAGCACAUGUCAAGGCCCGUCUUGAGCUUGCCAUUGACCAUUUGGAUAAUACAGAGGAGAACAUUUUAUGGUCAGAUGAAACCCAAAUGGAACUUUUUGUUCACCGUGUUUGGAGGAAGACAAAUGAUGAGUUCCAUCCCAAUAACACCAUCCCUAUGCAUCAUGCUUCGGGGAUUUUUCUGCACAUGUAACAGGACAUCCAUCCAUCCAUCCAUCCAUCCAUCCAUCCAUCCAUCCAUCCAUCCAUCCAUCCAUCCAUCCAUCCAUCCAUCCAUUUUCUUAGCCGCUUAUCCUCACGAGGGUCGAGGGGUGUACUGGAGCCUAUCCCAGCUGUCAACAGGCAGGAGGCGGGAUACACCCUGAACUGGUUGACAGCCAAUUGCAGGGUACAUCGAGACUAACAGCUGCACUCACAAUCAUAUAUAGGGGCAAUUUAGAGUGUCCAAUUAAUGUUGCAUGUUUUGGGGAUGUGGGAGGAAUCCGGGGUGCCCGGAGAGAACAUGCAAACUCCACACAGGGUAGGCUGGGAUUGAAUCCUGCACCUCAGAACUGUGAGGCCAACGCUUUACCAGCUGAAUCACUGUGCUGCCUUGGGACAAGACAACUGCACUCUAUUAAGGAGAGGAUGACCGCGGCAAUGUAUUGUGAGAUUUUGGGGAACAACCUCUUUCCCUCAGGCAGAGCAUUGAAGAUGGGUCGUGGCUGGGUUUUUCAACAUGACAAUCACCCGAAGCACUCAGCCAGGAAAACCAAGGAGUGGGUCCAUAAGAAGCAUAUCAAGGUUCUGGUGUAGCCUAGCCAGUCUCCAGACCUAAACCAAAUAGAAAAUCUUUGAAGGUAGCUGAAACUCCGUGUUUCUCAGCAACAGCUCAGAACUGGUUUGUUAAGCUCCAGCGACACUUCACACGUCGGCCCCUCUGAGAUCAGGUAACGCUUUUGUCUGGUAACGCCAUGUAAUAUUUAUACAUCUGUUUGUUCUUAACAUUGCCCGUAUUACGCAGAGUAUAGUUAUUACGGUUAGCAAAACCUUCGCCUUGUUGUGAGUCUUAGGCUGCUAAGGUAAAACACAUGUUAGGCCCUAACAUGCUUUUGCUUCACACAUGCGCAAGACGUGUGGGGUAAAACAAUGCCAAAGAGAAAAAAAAACAAGUUAUAAUUUCGAUACAUGUUACACAGAACUUUUUUGAACGUGUAUCAGCCGUGUGGUGCACAAAACAAAUAUUCAGCAGUGUCUGUGUUCAAUUUGCCCUUGAGGGAUUAUCACGAGUAUAAAUGAGAAAAACUUCUUAUACAUCAAUUCCAACUUAAUGACAGACUUGAGUAUGGACAUUCUUGGGCUUCAAAGAACUAUAUUUAUUAAUAUAGUUAUAAUUUUAUUUUUUUAUGAAAAAAAUGAAUGAAUUAAUUAAUACCUGCUAUAGUAACAUUACUUGUAAGUAUUGUUUUGUCAAAUCUCAAAUGAAAUGAAUUUUCAAAUUUAUAUAUGAGAUUUAAUGUCACUUAAAAAACAAUUACGUUAUUUUCAAACCAAGAAACUUUGUAUUGUUUUGGUUUAUCGUUAUUAGUGGUUUACAUUCUACUACUGUAAUACAAAUUGAUUUUUACAAAAUAAUCUCUUUAUUUGAUGCCCUGAGGGAUUUAAGGAACACAAAUCAGAGCUAUAUCGGUGUGAUCUUCGCAGUGGUCAACCCCCCACC